AUGGCCGUUCUCCCCAAUACCUACAACGAGCCUGUGCGUAUCGCCGUCAUCGGUGGUACUGGUCUGCGCGAGCUCCCCGGCUUCACUCAGGUUGCGUCGUUGUCGAUCACCACGCCCUGGGGCAACCCCUCCUCUCCGAUCACGAUCCUGCACCACCAAUGCUCUCACAACAACAAGACCGUUGCCGUUGCCUUCCUCAGCCGACACGGUGCUCACCACCAGAUUGCACCUCAUGAGGUCCCAGCGCGCGCCAACAUCGCCGCUCUGCGCUCGAUUGGAGUCCGUACCGUCAUCGCCUUCUCUGCCGUCGGUAGUUUGCAGGAGGAAAUCAAGCCCCGCGAUUUCGUUAUUCCCGACCAGGUCAUCGAUCGCACCAAGGGUGUGCGCCCUUGGACUUUCUUCGAGGGAGGUGUGGUCGCACACGUCCCGUUCGGCGACCCCUUCGACGAGGGUGUCGCAAAGGUUGUGCGAGCCUGCGGCCACAGUCUGGAGGGCGAGGGUGUCGUUCUCCACGACCGUGGAACUCUGAUUUGCAUGGAGGGACCUCAAUUCUCUACCCGCGCCGAGAGCAACCUUUACCGGUCCUGGGGCGGCAGCGUCAUCAACAUGUCGUGUCUGCCUGAGGCUAAGCUCGCCCGUGAGGCCGAGAUGGCCUACCAGAUGAUCUGCAUGUCCACCGACUAUGACUGCUGGCACGAGUCGACCGCCGAUGUCACUGUGGAGAUGGUCAUGGGCCACAUGAAGGCCAAUGCUCAGAAUGCCAGACACUUUGUCACAGCCGUCCUCGACGCUCUGGCCAGCGACGAGCACUCCGACCUCGUCCAGGCCAAGCACGUUGAGGGCUCCAUCAAGUUCGGCCUCAGCACCGCCCAACCCAACUGGAGCCCUGAGGCUCGGGAGAAGCUGGAAUGGCUUUUCCCUGGUUACUGGAACUAA